AUGACUCUGCUGUUACGCCUGUUCAAGUUUGUUAUCAACAAAUGCAGCUAUAGUAAAUACAUAAAUAAGUCAAGAGAAAAAUUUAUGAAUUAUUUAGUAUACUUAAAUUCCUUGAAAGAUAAAGAAUGUAAACUACUAAUUAAUAUAUGUUAUAUUGAAAGAGUGGAAGUAGACUGGAGAAGCAGAGCUGGAUCCCCUUCCUUUUACAAUGGGUUAACUGUUCAUAUUGAAAAUGUUUUCGUAAGUAUAAAGUUAGUAGAACAAAGGGAAAGGAGCGCUCAGUGUAGUACUUACUAUAGUCGUAGCUGCAGUUGUAGUAGUAGCUGUAGCUGCAGUUGUAGUAGUAGCUGUAGCUGUAGUAGUAGUAGUUAUAGUUUAACUUCCAAUGAUUGUGACAGCAGUAAGAAGGGCAUACCUUCAAAGGGCGAACUGCCAAAGGAUGUGCCAGAAAGGAAAAGGAAAAAUCUUUUUUUUGUAAUAUUUUUUUCUGUAAUAUUUUACUUAAGUAUUUUUAAGAAAUUAUUGAGCUUGGUUUAUGUGCUCUUUAAAUCUCUGUUUCAUGUCCCAGCAAAAUAUAACGUGACUCAAUUUUUGAAAAAUUUAUUUUUCAAAAUCGUUUUAGAGCAUUUGCUGUGUAUUGAUGUAAAUAAUAUCAAUAUAGUAUUUGAAGACAGCUUGUAUAACGAUGGUGGAAUGAAGGAAAAAAAAAAAAAAAAAAGGAAAAGGAAAAAAUGGGAAAAAUGGGAAAAAACGAGAAAAUCCAGCAAAGCGGGAAAAUCGAGAAGAACGAGAAAAACAAGCAAAACGAGAAGAACUAGAAAACCAAAUGAGAACGAAAAAACAAAAUGCUUCUCUGUUCUUGUCCCUUCUUCUAACGAAGAGUUAGAAAUAAAGCGAAAUGGGAAAAUGAAUAUGAUUAAGAGAGCAAAUGUAAAUGUUGAUGAGUUGUUAAAAAUAGGUGUAAACAAUUUUAGUAUUCAUCAAGAUUCUAGAAGUCAGCAUAUAAGUAACAGUAAUAUUCACGACAGGACGAAGAAAAAUGUGUUACUAAGUUUUUUAUCUCCAUGCAUCCAUUUCAACCUUUUAAAUGACAGCAAGAAUAACAUGUACGAAUUGUUUUUGUUUUUGUAUAAAUAUUUUUACACGUUUCGUUUGAUGUGUCAAGGGGGGAAACGGAUUGCCAACAGGCGUAGCAGUCGUUCCAGCCGUCAGCAGAAGUUGCAGCCAUUGUGCAAGUCGUUGUCAGGGACCCUUCCCUUGUCGUGUAAUAAAAAAAAUGGCUCUAGUGGAUUCAAUGGCUCUAAUGGAUUCAAUGGUUCUAAUGGAUUCAAUGGCUCUAAUGGAUUCAAUGGCUCUAAUGGAUUCAAUGGCUCUAAUGGAUUCAAUGGCUCUAAUGGAUUCAAUGGCUCUAAUGGUUCUAAUGGCUAUAAUGGAUCCAGUGGAUUCAAUGGCUCCAGUUGCUGUAAUGCCUCUAAUGGAUUCAAUGGCUCCAGUUGCUGUAAUGCCUCUAAUGGAUUCAAUGGCUCCAGUUGCUGUAAUGCCUCUAAUGGAUCUUCUUCCUACGGAGGGGAGCAAAACAUCGAAGAAGGAAGUGUUAGUAGAAUUGACGGGAAGAAGACCCCAACGAAUGAACAUGACUGUGGAAGUGAACUGAGACUUUGCAGAAGUAGUCCCAGAAUGAAUAAACGAAAAUAUGCACAUAAAAUGAGGAAAAGGAAAUAUUUUGAAAUAGAUAUAAAUAUAGAUAAGUUUAUGGUGAGUUACCUAUACAGUGCUAGUGACUACCUCUUCUGUUAUUACAAAAAUAUGAGCACCUUUUUAUCCAUUAAAGAAGAAAAGUGGAUUCAUAAAAGGAAAAUGAAAUGUCUGUACACAAUACAAGAUUUUAUUUUAUUUGUUGAUCUUUUUUUUGUAACAGAAUCGUGUUCUAAAUUAAUUUUAAGUUUACACAGGAAAAAAGACAAAGUGUUCAUCUUUAACAAAAGGUCUUCACAAAAUAAAAUUGUUUAUAAUAGAAAUCAUGAAAAUAAUUUUUUAUUAACAAAUGGGAUAUUUCCACAUAGUUCAGUUAAUAAGUAUAGUGUUAGUGAUAAGUCCAAGGGGAAGAGUAAUCACUGCCUUUAUGUGAGGAUGGUAACAAAAAGAAGGAAACAUCGUGAAACUUAUAAUAACAUUAACAUACAAAUUGAAAGCAUUAAUUUAAUUAUUGAAAAAAUUGAUAAGUUCUUUGAGCUAGUUGAUAAUAUACUUGAAGUGGAUUUAUUUGUUCUUCACUAUUUGCUGGAAACAGAGGAUGGUCAAAAAACAAAGGAACAAAAAUAUAUUAUGAACAGGAAUAAUACUCCUUCCAUUAAUGUAAGUACAAAUAUUAAUAGAGGGAAAUUAGAGCUGAAGAAGCGUAACACACCCUCCUUUCUUGUAUGUUUUGAUACUAUUUCUUUAUCAUAUACAAGGGAAAACUCCGCGUUCGUAAAAUCCUUGCCGCGCAAUAAUUUUUUUUUUGUGAAAAGGGUAAACAGUGAGCGCAGCGUCUACAAUGACAGUAACAUCUGCCAUCACAACGACUUCCGCUAUAAUUGGACUACCCGGCAUCACAACUGCAUUCGCUAUACCAAUAACAAAGUGCACGCAUUUUGCAAAGUAACAAACAUAUAUUCAUACGUUCAAGAGAACAAAAGCACGCACAUUUUGGCCUUCCCGUUCUGCCUAUUUUUAUCGCUUGAAAAAAUAAAAUCGUGGAAAAUAAAAAUUUCAAUAAUUUCGCUAGUCGUUGAAUGUAACAGCCAAGUUUUGAGAGUACUCAAGUGUAUAUUUUUUAAUGACAAGGAUAGGGACCAAUUGACAGAAUGUACAUUAUAUGAUGAAGAACAAAAGGACAAAAGUGUGUUUAUAUCUGCGAAAGAUGAGGAAAAAAGUGAUAUGGAUAUGGUACUAACACUUGAGCAGAGAGAACAAUAUAGCUUUUUAAAAAUACACAUGUUUAGAGAAAGCGAUUUUACACUACAGAAUGAAUUAGAUAUGUUAUUAAGUGCUUUGGAAAUUUUUUUUGAUGCCAAUGAUGUACUAGAUGAAGAAAAGAAUGACGUUGAACAUAUGACUACCUCCUUUAGUAUUACAUAUUUUUUAUGUUUGUGUAAAAAUGCAAACGUAAAAUUUUUGUGUAGUAACUUUAAUUCUUUUUUUUUUUUUGGAAGCAAUACACAAAAUGGAAUUAUAAAAAGUAUGACAGAAAGGAAGACAAAAAGGAAAAGAAGAAUCUUGAACGUGUUAAGUUUCUCUAACUGGAGUAGUGGUUCUCUUGCAAUGAAUAUGUCGAAUCAAUUAGCCAAUAAGCAAACAAAUAAUAGCGGCAAACGAGUGGAUAUAUUUUACUUGAGGUUUAGAAUCGAAAAUAUUGAUAUACACUUUUACGUGAAAAAAUGUACAAAUAAAGCAGGAAAAUCCACGUUCGUGCUUUUAAAUAAUUUACGUAUGAACAACUUUUUUCUUUUGUUUGAUUUUUAUAUUAAUGUGAUACCUCUUCUUUUUGUUUUGUGCAAAGGACUGCAUGUGUAUAAAUUUGUUGACGAAAAGCCAGGAAGGGGAAUAGUCGAGCUAAGGAAAUGUAAAGAGGGGAAGCGUAGGAAGACACAUGAACAGACGUAUGAACAGAUGCAUGAACGGAUAAAUGGGAAGACACAAAAACUGAAGGAGCGAGCAAAAGAAAAAUGUACAAAUUGUGGUAAUCAUAAUUGUAGAGGUCGAAGCAGUGUGUGUAAUGAUCGAUUCGCGCUUAGUUUGAGGCACAGUUGCCAUCUCACAUACGAUGAAAGAACACAAAAGUACAAAGCAAAGAGCAAACAUCUAGUCGUCUUUCAUUUUGAAAAGUUAGAUAUAUAUAUAUACGAUUUCUUCAUUAACCUGUUUUACUAUAUAUAUAUGUAUUACUCAAAAAUGAUGAACAAUGAAGCUGUAGAAUGCUCGAAGAAGAAAAAAAAAAAAAAAAAAAAAAAAAAAGCAUACAACAAAAUUUCCCUUUUAAAUAUGUACUCCCCGGAAACAUACUUCUUAAAACUGAUUAAAAAUAAGAAUAUUUUUUAUAAUAUAAUUGUGAAAAAGAUACAAAAAAUUUUGUUUUAUUUUGUAUAUAAACGCAUAAACAUUUUUUUUCUCUUUCACGAUAGAAAUGCACUGAAUGUACAUUCGAACAACGAAAACUACUUAUCAAACUUCGCUCGAACACAUUUUAAAAUAGAGAUUAGCUACAUUAUUAUAAAAUCAAGAAUCGACUAUGUAAGUAUAGAAGCUAGGACACAUGUAGAUAUAUUAUCAUUCGAUGGAAAGGAAAAGAAAAAAAGAGGUGAAGGGUAUACUAACUGCAACAGUAUGAUGUAUGUAAAGAAAAGGGGAAAAGUGAACAAUAUGGACUCACUUUAUUGUAAGAAAGGGAAUGUUGAAAGGACCAUUUUUAACAUGUCAACUUGUUUAAAAAAUGGUAUAAAAAAUUAUUUCUAUGUUUGUAAAUUUUUUUUAAAUUUUUUUAUAAGUAGUUUUUCCAUUGUUAAGUAUGAUGAUGUAAGAAGUGUUGGUGUAAGUGUAAAACGACAGGGGAAUGGUACAAUAGAAGAAGUGGGUAGUAGUAUUGGUGCAGAUACUCAUAUAACAAACAAUUUACCUGCAAGUAGUGCUAACAUAGCAAAGGACGAGCAAAGGAGUGCACUGGAGAAGAAUGGUAGAGGUGGUAAUGGUGGUGAUGAUGUGCGUACGAUAGUGGAAAAGGAUAGAACAACGAAAAAAAUAAUAUUUAUAAAAACAGAAAAAACGAAUAUUAUCCUUUCGGAUAUAUAUAAUACGGUGUUGUAUUUGAACUGUGAAAAGGUUCGAGUUUUUAGUCAUGUCAAUUUUAUCCAUUCUUUAGAGUAUUACUUAGAAUUGUUGAUAAAAACAUUUAAUAGCUCUUUUUUAAAAUUUUUUUUUUAUUUUGAUGAAUUGGCCAUGGGUGAUACACAAGGUAGGGAAAAUGUCCAUUAUAUGAAGAGAAAAAAGAAAUAUUCUCAUGAGAUUUAUAAGAAGAAAAGGAGUAAUUAUAAGGAUAUAUCAAGGCUAAACAUGAUAAUGUGGUACCAUGCCCUUUACAGAUUAUGUACCAUCAAGAAGAUUUACAUUAAUUUAAAUCAUUUCGAGUGUGCAUGUGUGUUUUUUGCGCAUGAGGAAAAGAGAAACAAUGAAAAGAGCAAUGAGAAGAGCAAUGAGAAGAGCAAAGAGGAGGAGGGCAUAGUGGAGGGAAGGAGGAAGGACCAAACGAGGCGAAGAAAAAAAAAAGAAACAUUACUUCUAACAAUUAAGAGACUAUCAUACAUUUUACAUCGAACUGGUCAUAAUUCCACAGAGUAUAAAGGGUUUAUCGAUUUUAUUUACCACUUCCAUGCCUGUUUCUAUAAUGUGAAUGUUUAUAUAAAAGGGUUAAGAGAUGAAAAAAAUUUUCUUAUUUUCCACACUCGUUAUUUACACUUUUUUGUUCGGAUAAAAUUUACCUUGUCCAGUAUGGCCAAUUUUAAGCAAUUCGGGUUUUUCUUUUUGUGGAGUAGAGAAAAAGAGAAACAAAAAAAAAUUAAAGUUCUAAGUACAGGAGAGAAAAUAAAAAACAAGAAGAAAAAGUUAACUAUACAGACACGAUAUCCUAUGAAAAUGAGUAGACACAAACAAAAGAUUAAUUUUAUUCUAAAUGCCAUAAGAAAUGUUAAGAAGAGAAAAAUUACGUGCAAAAAUGAUUUCUCUUCAGCACAGUGUCAAUUAAAAAGGGGAAGUAACUUCUUCAGUGGCUUCAAUAUAAAGAUCUUGACCAAAUCAUACAAGAACAGUUUCAUUAGUGCAAAUAGUAGCAGGAUUGAUAUAGAGAGAGGUGAGAGCAACGAGAGUAAUUCUUCCUUUUACAUUUUUCUAAAUGAAGGGAAUAUUGUAUCGUUAAUUCGUUUUUAUAGUAGCAUUUUAAGGUUGAUGGACGAAGUGGGGGCACUUAUGAACUUUUAUCAGAUCAGAGCGAAAGGAGGUAGUGAUGCAGUGUGUGGUGUUCGUGGAAGCUCUAGUUGUCGAUGUGUAGAACGUGAAGGAAGCAGGAAAUGCAUGCAUAGAUAUAGUAUGAUAAAGGACUACGACAAACGCAUUGCAGGUAUUAUUAGUAAAAUUAACACCAAAAGAAUAAGAAAAGAAGUGAAGUACAUAGAGAAAGAGUGUAAAAGGGAGGAAAGAUGUAGCAGUAGAGAGACAAAGCCUAGAGUAAAUGUUCAUCAAAAGAAAGGGACUAUCUGUAAACGAAAAGAUAGACAAGAUGACAAUAGAAGCAAUGGUAUUAGUAAUAGGAACCAGUCCAGUAGUAAUAGUAAUUAUAAUAAUGAUAGCUUUUCUCCUACCAAUGCGGAGUUGCUCAGUUACUUGAAUAGUAUGAAAUUGAAGGUAAAGAAUGUGUUUAUUUUUCUUUACACGCGUAAUAUGAAAAUGUUUAUAGGUGCCUUUUUUAAAUCUUUUAAAGGGGUAUUAAGUAGAAAUGACUACACGAGAAUGAAAGGCAUAUCUGAGUAUAAUUUUAAGUAUAUUAAUGUGUUGGAUGAAUUAAUUAUUUUUACACGAAAUAGCUAUUUUAACUCGGACAGAAAUUUAUACAUAUUCGAAAUAUUUAGUAGCUUAUCUGAGAAAAAUAGAUUGACUUACUUGAAUGCUUUACUCUUUUUUUUAAAGAAACAGAAUAAUAAUACUAAAAUUAAGGCCACUGCAAGAAGGGAAGCAUAUAUGUAUGUUGAUAGAUCGAGGAAGAAAUGGAGCGGCGCGAAAGAUGUUAACCAUGUGAGGGAUGAUGAUCAUGUGAGGGAUGUUAACCAUGUGAGGGAUGAUGAUCAUGUGAAUGAUGAUGAUCAUGUGAAUGAUGAUGAUCAUGUGAAUGAUGUUGAUCAUGUGAAUGAUGAUGAUCAUGUGAAUGAUGUUGAUCAUGUGAAUGAUGAUGAUCAUGUGAAUGAUGAUGAUCAUGUGAAUGAUGUUGAUCAUGUGAAUGAUGUUGAUCAUGUGAAUGAUGUUGAUUAUGUGAAUGAUGUUGAUCAUGUGAAUGAUGUUGAUCAUGUGAAUGAUGUUGAUCAUAUGAACGAUGUAGACCAUGUGAGGAAAGGUCCCACUGAACAGUGGUUAUUCUACUCCGAGGGGGUGGAGAACGACAUACAACUGUAUGAAACGUGUUACAAUGGUAAAAUGAAGAAACGCAGUUACGAGAGUAAGAAGAAGAGGGUCCAAUUUUUAGAGGACGUUGUGAAGGGGGGGAAGUCGAGAUGGUGGGUUAGGCAAUGCAAGAAGCAUAAUGGGGGGAAAUUGAAGAAAUUGAGUUGGUGGUAUAAGUGGGAUAAGCGGUCGAUGCUUCAAACUAUGCCAAUAGAGUUAGAAACGGAAAAGAAGGACGUCACCCACAAAGAGAACCCUGUGGAAAAAGCUAAACGAAGGUGCAGAUAUACCUGGAGUGGUAGACCUAAUGAUAAGUCCAAAAUAAGUAUGCACAAGACAGAUUUUAGUAAAUUUUUUAAGGACUUGUUAUUAAAUAACAGAAAACAUGUUCUCGAUGAAUACUAUUGUAGUGCAAAGCGCAAUGAAACAGAUUUCUUUAAAAUUAAAAAUAAUAUAUUUUUAAGUGAAUAUUGCAAAGGAGUAGAGGCAGGCUACUUGUUGCGUAAGCUGAGGAGUCUAAAUGACAGUGGACUAAGCGAACAUAACGAUAAAAAAGAUGAAGGAAAUGAAAGAAGUGGUAUGAAUGAUAGAAAAGGUAAAAUUGGUAUAAAUGGUAAUAAGAGUGAAAGAAAAAUGUGCGUGCUUAUAAAAUAUGUCGUAGCAAAAAAGGAAGCGUUCUUGAAAAUAGCACUAAAAAAGCAUGUGUAUAAAAAUGUUUUUAUAUAUUUCCCUUUAUACACACUUAUCCAUUUAAACAAAAUUAUGAACCCCACAAGGAUUUCGAAGCUAUACCAACUUUUAACGAAUAGUGGGAUAAAUAGGAAAAAAAGCUUUUCUUCUCCUAUGAAUAAGGAAAAGUUUAACGUGUCAUAUGAUUUUAAAUUAUGUUUUGUAAAUUUAUAUCUCCACUUACUUUCAGCAUCAACUUACGCAGUUAAUUAUGUAAAGGAAAUAGAUUCAAAUAAUGAUGUAAUCAUCCAGGAACAGCAUAUUAAGGAAAAGAAUAGAAGCACUCGCUUUGAACUAAGAAACCACAGUGAAGAGCAUCCCAGUGUGUACAUCUACCCACGCAUGGGUAGUAGUAAUAACGGUUUGAGAAAUAACAAAAGUAGUGAAGAUGAAAAUGAGGAUAACACUGUUAGUGAUACAUUGUCAUUUCUUGCAGGGAUAAGGAAAUUUAAAUACACAAAUGAAAACGGUAUUAUGUAUUGUUCUUCCAAUUUGGGAGAGGUAAAUGGGAUGGAAAAACAAAAGGUUCCUUUUUCUAAAAAAAAAAAAAAAAAAAAAAAUAUAUAUAUAUACGACAGUGCAAAGAAUAGAGUAUUCCUAUACGAUAUGGUGAUAAGCACGAACUUAAAAGUUGAUAUAGAGAAAAAGGAAAAAAAAAAGAAAAAAUUCCUGAAGAGGCAAAUAGAUAGAAGAGAUGAAUAUGUGGAAAAUGCUAAAAACGUGGGAACAGGUGAAAACAAAGUGGUUGGUAAUUGGGGAAAACAGGAUAACUUGUCGAAGGGCAACGUACAUAUGAAAAAAAAAAAGAUAAAGAAAAAAAGAGUGAAAGAAAAAAAAAAGAAGCGUGUUUACAUGAACAAAACAAGCAUCAAUUCUUCGCUAGAUCAGCUAAAAAUAAGCUGUGGUUUGCUUCAUUCAAGUGUCAAUCCCCAUCAUUGUUCAGUAAUAAAUAUAGUAAAAGUAGAUAAAAUAGUGGAUUUUUCAAAUGAUUAUAAAAAUAAUAAAUUUUAUUUAAACUUAACAAAUAUUUACAAAUUUAAAUUAUUGCCAAGUGAUGUUUCGAUAGAUGAUAAACCUAACCAGAGGAACAGAAACAAAAUUAAUAUCAUAUCGUUCAAGGGGUACUGCGUAUAUAACAUUGUCGAGAUGAUAAACAUAUUGUGUUUCUUCAACAAAGUGAGUUAUCAGUUAAGCGAAAGAGAAUCAUCAUGGAAAAUGCUAAAUGGGGAGGGGAGUAGAAGAAUUGGGGAACAGAAUUACACAGCUGCGGCAGAGACUAGGGUGGUAACUACUUCUACUUCUAAUAAUAAUGAUGAUGAUGGUGGUGGAUAUAAUGAUAGCUAUAGUGAUCGUUAUGAUGACGACAAUAGUAACAGUGAUGAUAAUGAUGAUGAUGAAAGGUACCCUCCUAUGGAGCAUUACAUGACUGAAGAUAGCUACAGCUUAAUGAACGGGAGCAACCUCCUUCGCGCAAUUAAACGAAACAGCGUUAUGCUGAGCAGAGAUAUAUUUAGCGGGAAAUUAUUUAUGAACAAUGCAGGUGAUGGUAACAAUUGUAAUCGUAAUGAAAAGAAUAAAAUUAGUAGCAACGUUUUCCAUAGAAGUUAUGAGCAUGUUGCAGAGGGUGUACACCAGCAUGUGAACCAGCAUGGAAGUAAGCAUGGUAAUACUGAGAAAAGUCUACAGUUAAAUCAACGAAUUUGCAGUAGUGAAAUUUACAAAAUUAAAAGAGAUUUAAACAGUGUAUCGGCAGCUCAUACACAGAGGAAUAGUACAAAGGAGAAGAAACGCAAAAGGAGGGAAAAAAUGGUUACAGUAUGUUGCAAAAACGAUGUAAAUUUAAUUGUAAGCAAUUUAUCUCUUUGUAUUAACAACAAUGAUUUAUUAAUAUUGGGAUUCUUUGUAGAAGACGUGCAUUACUUAAACAAGAAACUAAGGACAGAUAAAGUUUAUUCGUGUACAUACAAGUAUAAAAAUGUUGUUAUAUCGUCUAAGUUUACAAAAAAUAUUAAGGUACAAGGUGAUGAGGAAGAGUGGAGAAGAAAAGCACCCCAGAAGGAGCGACAACAAGAUAUCCCCUAUAUGUCAUUCGGAAAUACGUGCAACAGUCGAUGCAACAGUCGAUGCAACAAUCGAUGCAACAAUCGAUGCAACAGUCCUUGCAACAGUCCUUGCAACAGUCCUUGCAACCGUCAGUGCAGAAAAUUCAAAAACAAGUUUGCAUGCAUGAAGAGGUGUAGAACAAAAAACAAAGUCAGCCUUAGUAUAGAUGUGGUAAAGAUUUUUUUUGUUACUAAGGUAUGUGCGCAUGAUAUAUUUUCUUUGAAUAGUAUUAAUAACAGUGUGAAGAUAUGGAAUAAUUACACAAAUAAAAAUAUGAACAAGUUAAUAAUUAUUUUGAAUUGUAAGCAGAUAAAUGUGCUAGCAAUAGAUAUAAAAGAUAUUCGUAAUUUUGUUUAUCAUAAAUCUAAAAGAGUAUCAUUUAUUGAACCGUUUGACAUGACCUGUUACUAUAGUUUGAAUAACAAGAAUAAACUUAUUAUACAUAUUAAAGAUGAUAUAAAUAUAAAUUUAAAUAAAAGUAUUAUGAAUUUUAUUUUUUUACUUAAAUUUCAUUUUGUGCAAAAUUAUUUUAUAUACAAUGAAUAUUAUGUCAUAUUUCAAUUAAGAAACAAUGUAAUCAGGAAAAGGAAGGUGCGGGACUUUCGAAGCUUCUUCUUAUCAUGUGAAGAGACCUUUUUAAAGGAAUAUAUAAUCAUUCGGAAUUUCACCUUUUAUAAUAUAAAAUAUAUGUACGAAGAUAAUAAUAUAGGUUAUCUUAAGCACAAUGAGGAAAAUAUGAUCAUGAGUAAGGAUUUGCAUAUGUUGAGUAUAUACUGCGUAGAUCGUGAUAAUGGGAGCUGUAGUGGUAGCAAUGGUGGUAGAAGCAAUGGGAGCAAUAAUAGUAACACAAAUGGUAAUAAUAACAGCAAUAAUAAUAAUAAUAAUAAUAAUAAUAAUAGUGCCAAUUGUAAUAAUAGUAGCAAUUUCAGUAGCACUAAUAAUGUGAGGAAGAAAAUUCUAUUAAAAGACACAAAUAAGAGUUUCUGGAAGACUCAUCAUAAAAUGAACGAAAAGAAUUCCAUUCAUGUGCACAUAAGUAUUCUUGAGCAUAAAAGAUGUAUUAACAUUUAUCCUCAUUUUCUUGUAUAUAUACUGUACAGUAAAUAUGUUAAGAGGAUGGUAUCACUAAGUACAAAUUCGGGGGAGAGAAAUAAAAAAAAAUAUGAUAUCAAUAUGAAGUUGAAAUUUAUAAAGAACAAAACGUUUAAUACAUAUAUUGUGAAGGAUGAACAAAAACUCUUUAGUGUCCCUUAUCAUUUUCUAAAAAGAUGUAAAUAUAUUCAACUCAUUUUAAAAGUAGACCAAGAAAUUUAUGUAAGCAACAAAAUUAAGUAUAACAAUAUGUUGAACCUUAAGAUGUUCGUGUAUAGAGAUAUCCACAAUAUUGAACGAUAUCUUCUUUGUAAUUUUUUUUACUUAACAAAGAGGAACAUCGAGGGAGAGGGAGGUCCCUCCAUAGUACAUGAAGAGAAAGAAAAUAAGAAGCGGGAAAAGGGUAAGGAUAAGAAAGAGGUUGAGAGUGAGAAGCGGGCAAAGGAUAAGGAUAAGAAAGAGGUUGAGAGUGAGAAGCGGGCAAAGGAUAAGGAUAAGAAAGAGGUUGAGAGUGAGAAACGGGCAAAGGAUAAGGAUAAGAAAGAGGUUGAAAAGCGGAACAAGCACGAAGUUGACGAGCUCCCCUCUCGAACAAACGGCAGAUUUGUGGUCAUCCCAUCCUCGGAGGAUGAUAAAAAAAAAAAGGGAAAAUUACCUGCUGGGGGAAAAACAGAUUAUUCUAAAACUUUUCUACUAUUUAAUGCUAUUAAAAAAAAUGUGAAUGUUGUAUUAAUACAGAACAGCAUGAGACUUAACAAUUUAACUCCAUUUAACAUCAACGUGUUGCUAAAAAGAGAAAAAGGAAGUAUAAAAACAUACAGUAUAAGCAGUUAUGAUUAUGUAAAUGUGUACGACUUUUGCUUUUUACAUAACAUCAUUUUGAAUUUCAGUCUUUCCUUUUAUAGACAGUGGAUAAGAUUUAUUAAGAUAAACAAUGAGGAGUAUUUUACUCGAAAGUGUAUAAGGAAAAACUACAAUCGUUUGGACAUGAGAAGAAGUGGGAGUGUGUCUAGUGAGGCAAAUGGCUUCAUUAAGCGGGGUGGGUCCUCCAGGAAGAAAAGCUACAACGGGGGUGGCAAUGUGCGCAGUAAUGGAAAUAAUGGAAGUAAUAAAAGUAGCAACAGCAGUGAUGGUAGUGACCGUAGUAACAGUAUCAGAAGCCUGGACAGCAGGAGCGGCGGAGGGGAGAACUCCCCUAGAAUUCUUUUCUACGAAAUAAUGAAGUUCCAAAAUUUGUAUUUUAUCGUGUAUGUAUACCUGUACGAGUGUAUGUACAAUAUUUCCUUCAUAAGUAAGUACAAUAUGUAUAACUACACGAAAAAAGCGUUAUAUUACCAUGUAAUGAAUGAGGAAGAUAAUUUUGUGGACGACUUAGUUUUUAAGUGUGAACUUAAAAAACAUCAUUUGAAAGAAACAUGUACAAAUUAUAAAGAGACCAUAUUUGUAUUACCUCCGUUGAUUAAAAAUAAAAUUAGUUUUCAAGAUGACACAGUUAAAAUAAAUAAAAAAAAGAAUUUUAAAGAAACAAAGGAGAAUAUUAAGUAUAUAAAAAAUUAUUGUUUUAAUCAUCGUUUUGUAGUAUGUACGAAUACCAAAAUUCUAAAUCCAGAUGCUAUAUAUUAUGAUAUUAAUAAACCAUAUACAAAAGUUAUAUUAUUGAAUGGGUAUUACAUUACAGUUAGUGUGAAAAGUUUCAGAUUUCAUUCGUUUAGUUUAUCAUUUAUACAGUUUUAUCCAUAUAUUAUCUUAGUUAAUUUGACUAAAUACAAUUUUGAAUUUAAAUUGAAGGAUCAUGAAUCCAUGGAAAAGGCAUAUCAGAUUAAGAGAAAGAAGCAAACAUGUUUGUUCAACUCGAUGUGUAUGGGGAACGAGAGUUACAAUCAUCUGAGUAAAGAUGCUUAUAACAAUCAAGAAGAUAUCCUCCAAGGAGACUACUCCAAUAGAAGUGAUAACUUAAACUUUAGCGAGUAUUCCCUUUUUUCCCAUUCCAGUGAGGAUGAUGUACUAGCUUCUACGAAUGCAACAACAAAAGGGAGUAUAAUUGCCAAGGGGGAUAAACACAAAAAUAGAAGGAGGAGAAACUACCUUAUCAAGUUUUCAUCUUUUUUUGAGAAAAAACGCAUCUCAAGGAAAUCUAGAAAUAACGUGCACUUUUUAAAAAGUAUGAACAUGAAAGAAUUAAAAAUUAAGAAUAAAAGUGCAUGGGAUUUUAUCAGCCUCACAAUUGGGAAGACCAGAGCACAUCGAGGUGUGGAAGCAUAUCGACAAAAAGGAACUUCUUCAAAACGAAGAGAAGUAAAAAAAGUAGUUAGUUACAAGUCGGUCAUAGAAAUACUAAAAGGUUAUACUUACUAUAUGAGGACUUUCAAAAUAGAGGAGAAAAAAAAUAUAAGAAGUAAAUAUAUGAAGAUGUAUAAAAACAUGAAUAAAUAUUUCUACAUGCACAAAUAUUGUCAUAUUGUUACAAAAAAUAAUCAAUAUUUAACUCUUAUUAAGGAACGACUAUUUUAUAUUACCUCCCUGGAAAAGGAUAAGACGCACUAUAUAUUUAUUAAAAAAGUACCAUUCACAUUAGAAGGAAAAAAUUUAUUUAUCUUUGAGAGAACUAUUAUUCCGAUUGAAUAUAUGUCAACACGUGUACCUACUGAGGGAAUAGACCAUCAUUUGUUAAAUAUUCCCACACCACAUAGCGUCGAUGACAAUAAUGGAAGUAAUCGCGGUUUGACCCAGUGGGGGAGAGCAGUAAGAACAAUGCAUAGUCAAGAAGGGGAAAAAAAAAAAAAUAUCUUUACUGAAAAUAUAACAAACAAAAAUAGCAGUACAUUGAAUAAUAGAAAAGAUAAAAAAGAAGGACGAAUAGAAAAAGAAGAGGAAUUGAAGGCUGAGGAUUAUGAACAUGUGUUAAGUACAUAUAAUGAGUUUAAACAAAAGGACUUUUCGAAUUUUUCUAUUUUUAGAAAUAACAUUUAUAGACAAAUUUUAAAUAAUUAUAAAGAAAUAAUUAAUGAACAAACUUUUAAAAAUGGAAAGAUAUUCAUUUUAAAUAAUUUAGGAGUUCCUUUUUUUGUUAGUCCAUUGAAAUGUAAUUACCUCUUUUUUGUUAGUACGAAAUAUAUACAUUUUAAAGAAGAGAAGCAUUUUUUUUUUUAUUUUCCAAAGUUCAUUAUGAUAAGUAAAAAAUUGAAUAUGCUUUUCAAGUUGGAUAAAAAUUUAUGUAAAUAUUACUCUAUCAGAAAUUAUAUUCACUUGUUAAAAGAUGUGCAACUGGUGCAAAAUUUUCACAUGAUGAAACUUACUUUAAUGUGUAACCUUGUGUCAUGUUUUUAUUUUUACUCGUUUAUAUUAAAAAAGAAUAAAAUUGAUCAAGCGGCGGGGUUCAGAACCAAGCGGAAAAUGCACUUAGCUCGGUAUUCGGAAAGGCUGGUGGGUAAAAGCACCAAGCGGUGUACUAGCAGCUGUAGCUGUAGUAGUGACAACCGAUGUGAUAACUACCGCAGUAGCCACUUCAGUAACAACUUCAAUACCAGCCGCAGUAACCACCUUAAGCGUCGUGGCGAGAGGGGAAGCCAGAUAACCUACUAUGAUCUCUACCUAGUGAAGUUCUGCUGUGAUAUAAUUGUAAACAAAAAUAACGAAGUAAACAUAAUUAUCGACGGAAUGAAGGAGUGCACCUUUUUAAAAAAUAUACUAUCCAUUGAAUACUUUUUUAACACGUUAAUGAAUAAAGAAAUGAAAAGGAGUUCAGUUCACGCAGCAGAACAUUAUUUGCUACACAGUAAUAAUAAUAAUAAUAGGAAGAAGCAGAAGAAGAAAGACGCAAAUGAUGAAAAGGAUGAGAAGCAUGCGAACCAUGCAAAGACUGUGGGCACGUCGAAUACCAUCUAUAUAAAUAAUUUAUAUGGAUUAAGUAGUAACGAUUUACUAAAUGUGAAAAUUUACAUUAAAAGUUUAAACUUUUUUUUCAAUUUUGAGGAUAUUUCGACCCAUUCGACAACAGUAGAAAACAUGCAGCAAAAAUUGCACUUGAGCAAAAUAUUUUUGAACUUUUAUACUUUUCAAUAUUUUAAUAACAAAAUUUUGAUGAAAAGAAAGAAGUGCAUACAAUUUUUUGAACAGGAUUAUGUUAGGAGAAAUAAAGUAUAUAUCAAACAAUCGGAAAAUUACUCUCAUAGCAGGAAGAGAAGUAGCGACAAGGAACUCUUAUCUCUGUAUGAUUUGAAAUCGGACAAGAGGAGCCGAAAGAACAUGGUACUCGAUGCGAUCAGCAGGAGUUUCGGCGUCAGUGAGAGCGGCAAUGACAGCAAUAAUGACAGAGGUAAUAACAGAGGUAAUGACAGAGGUAAUGACAGAGGUAAUGACAGAGGUAAUGACAGAGGUAAUGACAGAGGUAAUGACAGAGGUAAUGACAGAGGUAAUGACAGAGGUAAUGACAGAGGUAAUGACAGAGGUAAUGACAGAGGUAAUGACAGAGGUAAUGACAGAGGUAAUGACAGAGGUAAUGACAGAGGUAAUGACAGAGGUAAUGACAGAGGUAAUGACAGAGGUAAUGACAGAGGUAAUGACAGAGGUAAUGACAGAGGUAAUGACAGCAAUAAUGAUAGCAAUAAUGACAGCGGAAGUGUCUAUAGGAAUGGGCAUGUCCACCGCCAUAAUUGCAACUCAAUCAAUCACAUCGACGAGGAGAGGAAGAACACCUUUCCGGGAAACCCUUUUGAACUUUUGAAAUGUUCAUACGAAAAAAGAGACUACUUAGACCCUCUCUUUAACAUGACACGGUCAGGUAGGAGUAACAUAAUUAGAGAGAAUAGCAGCUUCACAUUAUCGUCGAAGAAGAAAACAAUUGGUACUAUAUACAAAGUAAUGAAACAGAAUAUGUACUGUCAGUAUUAUUCGUACCUGUUUAGUAAUUAUAUGAAAAAUAUAGAAUUGUAUAAACAUCUUUUUAAUAUGUUGAAAAGCGGUGUAUUAGCGAUAUGUGUUAACUUUACCGAUUUUUAUAAAAAAAUAUUAGUAUUAAUAGACAACAUGUGUAUAAUAAAAGUUGACUCAUAUAACAAGAAAAGCUUUGAAAAUAAUUACACCAUUUUAACGAAAUAUAAUAACAAUGAAAAAAAUUUUAUAAAAAUCAGCAUUGAUUUGUAUAAACAGAGACUGAUGAAGUACAAGCAUAUUUACAACACGCUACAUAUACUCCAUGCUUGUUGUGAUAUUAAAGAGUUUUCCAGGAGGGGGAAGAAAAAUUAUAGGAAAGGGGAUGAACACAUGGUGGAUGUGAACCUGAUUAGCAAUAGGGGAGACGUAAAUCAGAUAAGUACUGCGGUAUACACAGACCAGAUUAGCUGCACGGAUGGGUUAAUACAACGCAGGGGGGAAGGACAACCCAGGAGAGUUACCUUUUCGGAGGAGGAAAGCACAUGUAUAAUCAAUUCAAAUAAAUUCUCAAGGAACAGAGAGUACGCCUCAUUAUACAGUGCGUAUUAUUAUUACAAGAAGGAGAAGAAGUCGAAAGGAAGAAAGGAAGGAAAGAUUAUUGAUGAAAAUGUUGAGAAGAGCAUUAACCAGGCGAAUUUUAAAAAAUUCAAAAUUAGCAAUAUUUUAAAGUUUAUUGAAAAUAUUAAGGAAAAAAAAUGUGGAAAAAAAAAAAUUCAGAAAAAGUUAGAAGGGAUUAGGAAAAAUACGGAAAAGUCAGGAAAAAAUAGGAAAAAUACGGAAAAGUCAGGAAAAAUUAGAAAUAAUCAGGAAAAGUCAGGAAAAAUUAGGAAAAAUACGGAAAAGUCAGGAAAAAUUAGAAAUAAUCAGGAAAAGUCAGAAAAAAGCAUAAAAAAUGAGAAAAAAGAAAUUAUAAAAAAUUUAUCCAUAGAAAUAGCUAGCUUAAUACUAACCCUGGACUACAAUUACUUUAUUAAUGUCGUUCCCUUGUGCUACGAGUAUUUUUGUAAGAAGAUAAGUUAUUACCAUAUGAUAGACAAUUUAAAAUGUGAGGAAAAAAGAAAUUUAAAUAUUUUUUAUACACUUUUUAAGAUAGUACAAGGGAAAAAAUAUGAAGAAAGGGAAAUUUUGAAUGAGCUAGAAGAUUUUAGUUUUUCUAAAAGUUUAUUAGUAAAUACACAAAGUAAGGAACAGAAAUUAUUACUUUAUAUACAUGAUAUUGAUAUAAAGAAAACCAAGAUAUAUAUAAAUGUAAAUUAUUUGUUAAAACUGUUUCUGACCAAAAAUUUUUUAAUGAACAUAUCAGCUAUAAAAAUGAAUAAUAAAAAAAAAAAAAAUAUUGUACAUAUAUUAAAAAAAAUUAAAAAAAUUUAUUUUUAUAACUAUAUUAGUAUCUUUUUCUAUCUUCUAAAAAAUAUAAAUAUAUCUGAACAUUCUUCCUACACGACGUUGAAUUCUUUAAGCUUUUUAGAAAAAUUACUAAAAAAUAAUUUACAAAUAUCAUCACCCUUACAUAAUAUAUACAGUUUAGUAGUUACAUUAAAAUAUAAAUGUAAACAUCAGCUCGAGAAUAAAAGUAAAGCAACAUUGAAUAAAGAUAAUUAUUCUUUAAAAAGUAAAAACAUUAAUCAGCACCCUUUUGUAAAUAUUGAAAAUAAUGGUGCUUUAUAUUGGUCAUACAGGACAAGUUUGGAAUAUGGUAAUCAUAAUACAAAUACUUAUUUAAAAAAUUUCUUUUCCUUUAGUUAUCCAAAUUUUUUUUCAAAACAUUUAUUUAUUAACAAAUUUGUAAAGUCCCAAAAUGAUAAAGAAAUACAUGAACAAGCUAAUUUUAUGAAGCAGAUCAUGGAUGCAGGUAAACAGAAUGAAAAGCAAAUCUCAAGUAAAAGCAUCAUUGAUGUUGACGAGAAUAACAUGCAUAAGGAAAAAAAUAUUCACGUACAGGGUAAAGGCUAUUUGGGGAAAAUUCAAAAAAAAUUAGACAGUGUUAAACAGCAUAAAAUUGUGGAAGAUUUAAAUGUUGACAGAUGGGGGGAAUAUGUGUUACUGACAUGCCAGGACGGAAAAGACAAACUAAACCAAGUGAAGAAAAAGGAAAUGGAAAAAAGAGAUAAACUCGAAAAAAAAAAGAAAAAAAAAAAGAAAAAAAAAAAAAAUAUAGACAUCCAAAAAAUAACACGUAUAUCCUUUACACAUAACUUGAACAUAACAAAGUGA